UGUAGAUGAUUUCAAAUGGAUGAGCCCAAAUCAUGCAGUGACAGUCCCAUACCUUAACCCUAUUUAUUCCCUUGCGUUCCUAUAUCUUAUUAUUCUAAUUAUGUGAAAGUCGCACCAUGCAAAGCCUAUUAUUAUUCUUACGUUGUGACCCACUACCGGUACGUACUUUCAAUUUGAGCCCAAUUCUUUGUGCACUUGACUCAAUGUCGAAGAAAUGUCGCGUUUUUUAUGACGUCAGUGAAGUGGCCAUGAUAACAUCCGCAUAAAGGAAAUGGAUUGCCAUCAAAGUCCUUGGCCCAGUAAGGCUAUUGUUUUGUGUGAUUUAGUCCUGAAGUUGCGAUUGCCGCAGAAAAUCCAUGCUUUUCUUGAAUUAACAUCAUUCCUCAACAAUGAUGCGAUUUAGGAGUUUCGUGUUGACUUGGAUCGGCUUGAUGACUGUCCAUCAUGUAGUCGGGCAGACGGUCAUAACCAACACCACCUUGGGUCCAGUUAUGGGCGUGAAGUUGGGCAUACCAGGUGUACCGACACCUGUCAUCACUCGCUAUGCUGGCAUACCGUACGCUGAACCACCUAUUGGGCAACGACGCUUCGCCAAACCCGCACCAAAAACACCGUGGGACGAUGUUCUCAACGCGACAACGUUCGGCUCCAAAUGUCCCCAAGCCAACGUUUCCUUUGAUGUGUUUAUCUCUUCACAGUUUGAUCAAUUUCUACCGAAUACAGAUGUUGAUGAGGACUGUUUGUUUUUGAAUGUGUAUGUCCCUCACGAUGUAGUUGAAGCAUUUGGACCCUUGCCUGUCAUGGUUUAUAUACAUGGUGGAGGUUUAGUUUCCGGUGAAGGUGCCCUCUAUGAUGGAACUCUCAUAGCGGUUCAAGGUCAAGUCAUCAUCGUCAACAUCAACUAUCGUCUCGGACUCUUUGGCUUCCUCAGCACCGGUGACGACUCAGCACCCGGGAACUACGGACUCUGGGACCAACGCCUUGCCAUCCAAUGGGUUAAAGACAACAUCGCAAGCUUUGGUGGUGAUCCAGACCAAAUCACCAUCUUUGGUGAGUCGGCAGGAGCAUGGAGCGUGACCUACCAGAUGGCAUCACCACUAAAUGACAAGAAUCUUUUCCAGAAGGUGAUUUCUCAGAGUGGAGUGGCUUUCCGUGGCCUGGUAAUCCCAGGUAAUUUAGCCAAGUAUCAGGCUUGGAAUCUUGCCUCAUCAUUGGGAUGCAACCUUAUCUAUGGCAUCAGCACCACACGUGAUCUGAUUAGCUGCCUCCGGGGAUUAACCAGGGAGGAGCUGAUGAGUCAAUCGAGCAUUAUAACAACAGCAGCCACGGUUGAUGGAGAGCUUCUUCCUACCGACAUCAUCUCCCUCUUAUCCCAUCCACGUGUUGGACAAUACGACCUCCUUCUAGGAGUCAAUAGCCAAGAUGGGUCUGUUUUUCAGAGUGCAGAUAGUUUCACCGCACAGGGCCUCCGUGAUGCCAUACAAAGCCAGAUUGCAAUCACAUGCCAAUGUGAUAACCCGCAGGAAAUCACCAAUGCAAUUGUUGCCUUCUAUUUUGGUGCAGACAAGUUGGAUGACGCCGAUAACAAUCUUCUUAAAUACUUAGAUGUGAUCGGCGAUAUAUACUUUGACAUUCCUGGCGCCAAUUUCCGUAAUGAACAUGCAAUGAUAUCUGCUGGUAACACUAAGACAUAUUACUACUAUUUCGACUACGAAGCUGGUAAGGAGUUUUUGCUUCGUCCUGAUUUGGCUGACCGUGUUCCCGGGGCACCUCACGCUCUGGAUGUCUUCUAUGUAUUCGGACUCGUUAACUUUCUCUUUCCAGGAAACUCAGAAGUGAAGUCAUUAUCCGACACCAUCAUAGAGUACUGGUCGCAGUUUGCAAAAUAUGGGAAUCCAAAUGGAGCCGGUUCACCUGAGUGGCCUGAAUUUGAAGCAGAGAAUGAAACGUACAUCAUUCUGGACGCUAACAUUAGGACAGGACAGCGUCUUAAAGCUGACAAAGUAACCUUCUGGAAUGACUACAUCCCAACCAUCACUGAACUCUUUGAUAUAAAGACCUGCUCCUAUGAAGUCCCUGUAAGAAGUGGCACCGAACAAAAGCCAGACAUUAAGACGGUACAGAUUUCAAGCCCAGACGGAGAAGUGUUAGGAUCUGUCGUUGGUGCUUUGCGACUCGCUGACGAGGCAAUGGGUGGGCGAGAGAUUGCUGAGUUCUUAGGAAUUCCUUACGCAAAACCACCCCUCGGCGAUUUGCGAUUUAGACCACCUCAAGACACAGGACCGUGGGGCGACCAACCACUCGGAAUCCCAGGGAUGCUACCACCCGCCUGCCCGCAAGAUGUCACAAAGGAUCCUUGGAUGGUUCGACUUGGGUUUAAUCAAACCAAUGAGGACUGUCUGACUCUUAACAUCUAUGCUCCAUCUCAAGAACCUAACGACCCUGCUUUGCCAGUACUGGUUUUUAUUCAUCCUGGGUAUGGAGUAAUAGGUACUUCCUCAAUCCAAGACGCAACUCUUCUUGCAUCUCAGGUUGAAGCUGUAGUUGUGGUGAUCAACUAUCGUCUGGGAGCUCUUGGAUUCCUGUCCACAGAAGACGAAGUAGCUUCGGGCAACUACGGACUGUACGACAUCCUGGCUGCUCUUCAAUGGGUCAAUAAGUACAUUGGGAGCUUUGGGGGUGACCCAGAACAAGUCACAGUCCAAGGCCACGAUUCAGGCGCAGUUCUUACCCACUUUCUCAUACUCUCUGAGAAGACAAAUGGUCUAUUUAACAGAGCUGUUCUCAUGAGUGCAUCUGCCAUAUCGCCACCUGUUGAUAACCCAGUCAUUCCAAGUGCAUCCGAGAAAGCAGAAGCUUUAGCCAUCAAACUGGAAUGCCCUACUACAAGCAGUGAGAUCAUGAUCAACUGUCUCCGUGAAAAGCCCGUGGCAGACAUUGUGUCCAACACUGUUACUCCUCCGUUUGGCCUUGCUUUUCCGACCGUUGUUGACGGUGAUUUAAUCAUUGACAAACCCCUCGAGUUGAUGAAAUCCGGAAGAAUCAACGACGUUGCUGUUAUGUUCGGGCUUGCACACGACGAAAAUGCCGGACCUGCAUUUUCGUUCACCGGCCUAACAUGUCCAAGUGUUGAAGAAGUUCAGCAGUACAUACAGGUUGUCAGCGGGCUUUCUUUUACUAAUCCUAAUAAAGCAGCUCUCGCUCUGAUAACGGAAUAUAUCGGGAAGGGUGGACUAGGUGACACUUGCGAGACACGGGGAAGCUUCAGACAAUUUAUGAACGAUUAUCUCUCAUUCUGGAGCACAUUGGAAGCUGCUAGACUGCACGCUGACGCCGGCCACUCUGUCUUCUUCUACUCGUUUGAUCACAAACCACCUGCUCAUUACAUAGGCCCACUUCCACCCCAAGCAGGACCCGCCUUGGCAGAUGAUCUGCAGUUCCUGUUUGGAGAUCCAUACAGUCCUCUCGUGGAUAAACUCCAGCUAUCCUACACGCUACAAGAUAAGCAGUUUACCUUGGAGCUGAUGGCAUUCUUGAAGAAUUUCAUCCACACUGGGACUCCGGGUACUUCGCUGUCUGGAGUGGAGUGGCCAGCAUUCGAUUCUAUCAACCUGAUGUACAUGUCACUCACCGACUGUCCCCAAGCCUACUCAGGCAACGACAACAACUGGCAACAUCUCCUUCAGUUCUGGGCAAGCUACCUACCGUCCAUCACUGCACCUGUCACUCCACCUGCUGAGGUUACUCCCUGCCCACCGGACCCUGAACCUUGUCUCGUCGGUGAGGGUAUUGGCUUGAAGCUUACCUCACAGGAGGCUAGUACCCUCAUUGAAGCUCUGAUAGGAGCAGUGAUAGGCGCAUUGGUGUUGGCUGUCUUCUUCUUAGGGGGUUGCUUGGCAUACAGGGCUCGAGCACGUGGGAUUGAGACUCGGAGCCAGGGAGAGAUGGGAAAGAGCAGGCCGAAUUAUUUGGAUAUUGCUGAGAGAGAAGAGUUUAAUUCAAAGCUUUGAGUGUUUGACAUCGACACAAUCGGGGUACGUUAAAUGAGGAUAUCUUAAUGAUUUACACACAAAAAAGGAAUAAUAUUGCCAAUUCCUAGGAUUUCGAGCAUAUCGUUUAGCCGCUAAAACGGAUCUGGACUGUCAUAAAUCCGCUUUACAACUUCCUUUAAAACGGAUUUAGGGCAGCAACCGUCCUUGUUGAAUCUUAUUACAUAUAUUUUGAACCUAUUUUGUUCCAAACUGGAACAAAAGUAUUAUAGUAUAGUUUAGUAUUAUAUGAUAUCAAUGCUUGUUACCACAUAACUGACCUUAUUAAAAUCUGGAGUAUUUUAUUCGCAGGUAUGCAAUUCUUAUACCUUUACAUCGAAACGCUCCACUUUCAUUUACUCAGUAUAGUUUUUUUAUUCUCAUUUUACAUCAUUAUGAUACUAUUUUCCGGUAUGCGAAAUAAUGAUUAUUGUAAGCAUGUAUAGACUAGGCGUAUAUACACUGUGUACAAAAUGUAGGACUAGCUUUUCGCUACACAGUGCGUAAUUCUAGAGAGAUAUGAGGUAGGAACUGAGCAUUGAAAUCUUGCAUAAACUGUGUUUUUUAUUAAAUAUUCCAAUUGUGUAUCAUCUGCAGCAAGAGGGGCAUGUUGUAUUUAAUCUGAACCGAAUGUUACUUAUUCCUAAAUACGAUAGUUUGUGACAAUUCGGUCAGUGGACGUUGAGCUACCUGCAAUGGCAUAUUCCAGGCAGCUGAGGGGUUACGAUCUGGCAUAAUUAAUGUCUUAACUUUGAUAUCGUAAGUAUCUCAACAAUCAGGCAACGGAUCCUUUGAAUGAAAAAACAGUGAACUUAACUGUCACAUUAAAUUAAAUAUGUAAUCGCAUUAAUAAAUAUUUUUCACCCGCAUAAACACAUUAAAUUUCAAACCUCGUUUGCAUGUCAUUUUAAAUGAAUUUAAAUUGAAUCAAAUAUAUCUCGAUUUCUAUAGCUUUAAAAAUGUUCGAUUAAAGCGUACAUUAUAUAACCACAGAUUGUGCAUUCAAUUGAUAGGAAUUCGAGAAUGUUUAGAGUAAGGAUGGAUAGUGUUUAGCUAUUGAACAUUGAUGUUUAGGAAUUGGACACAUGCUGUUUAACAUCUGAAUCUGUUAAAUGUUAUUGAUUGAUUACAAAUUGAUACCAGGCCCCCAGGGAGAAAAGUUCUUUGAUAAAUGAUGGGACUCACUACCCUGGUAAAAUAAAACGAUAAAUAAAUAAAUAACAAAUAAAAGCAUGAUAUGUGUUCACUGUUUGCUAAACAAAGUUUUGAGAGAGAAGAAUCGCCACUUAUUCAAAGACGCAGGGUAGAUCAGGGAAAGAAUACAGCAGUUUCACUGUGUUUGUAUAAAAAGCCAGCAAGGUCAUAUAAAUUCAAUGGGCCGUCGCUUAAUCCCAAAUAACUUUCUGGACAAGGUGCCGGUGACAACAAUACUUCAUUGAGCAUGCGCAAAAGGUAGAGUUCCAGUGAAAUUGCUAGUCACUAGUGAAAUUCUAAAUAAAAGGGUAACAGAUUAAUGUGUUUGACCAAAGGAAUAUCAAAAGAUUGUAAAUAAGUUCAUACAUUAUACUCCGAUAUCAGUUUAUUACUGCGUAGGAAUCCAGCAUUUGGCUUCUGAUGUCUGUAUCUUUAAUGGUUUGCAGUAGAUCCGACUU